GGGAGAUUAAGGCCACAUGUUUAAAGCCGUUAGGACGCGCAGCUUGCGUUUCUACUCUGACAAUCACCCUCCCUCGUACUUCAGGAACCCGGCGGAACCGCCCAAGACGCUGGAAGAGCUGCGACGGCCAGCGAUGGGACUGCCAGAGACCCAGAUCUCCAGCUCUCAAAAGCUGAAAAAUCUCGGGAUCGGGUUUGGGAUCGGGUUCGCGUCGCUCACCAUCAGUGUCACGCUGGGCAUCCUGCUGUACGAGCUGCUGGAGAAGCUGAAGGAGAACGAGAGACAGCUUGCCUUACUCCGCAAGAACCAGAAGGAGAUGCUCAUCCAGAUGCAGAACUACAAGAAGAAGAUCACACUUGCCUCGGUGGAAAAUUCCAAGAAACAUAUGAUGACCCAGGGCAAGAUGCAAAUGCACAUAGCACUACUGAGACAGCAAUUGAUAGACCAAGGCAUCGAUCCGGUGAGCAUCGACGAGGCUAUAGAAAAGUUCGAAGAGAAUGUCCGCAUGGAAACCACACCCACCACGAUCAACCUGUGGGUUCCAGGAGAAUCUCGUUUGAAAUCACUAAUACCGGACGCUCACGAAUAUACCAAAAAUAAAUGAAAUAGGGGUAUAAAAGGAAAAUUUUCGCAUAAGAAAGUUGUUUUUCUAAAAAAUGUCUUAACUCAAAGGCGCCCAUUAGAGUCACAGGAUAUGGUUGUCAGUUCAUAUUUUGUGCUCGGGUUAGCCUAAGAUCAUCGUGUUUACACCGCCAUUCAAACGAAGUCAGGCUUUACCGGCUCCGUGUGGUCCAAAACAUACAUCUACCUCACCAACUCUGCGUCCAAUUUUUCCUGCGUGCGUUGCUGUACUUUCAACGCAAGCAGUCGAGGGAUCGGACAGCAGGGCGAUCUCGCGUCCUGACCAUUUUCUUCGUAGAAUUUUGUGCAGCACUCGUACAACUGGUCUAUCAGUUUAGUGCAUCUUGACUCGUUGUAGUUGUUUGCUUUGAGACAAUCUGUGACGUUAGUCCGGCUCGAUGCCUGGUCUACUCACCUUGGAUGGCGCAGGCUUGUGGUUUGC